UUGAACUCUAAGUUUCCAUCUUUUCUGCAUGUGAAAUCACAGCCUCAUUGCUGGAAGGAGGUGGUUUAGCUCUGAAUUCCUGACUCUCACUCUGUCUCUUCUCUCUCCCUGUCCCUCCCCCCACAGACAAACUUUACCAGCUCCAUGGAACAGGAGAAUCAGACACAGGUAACGGAGUUCAUCUUCCUGGGCUUCGCCAGCCUUCUCCAUGGCCAGGCCUUGCUCUUCCUGGUGUUCCUGGUGAUCUACCUCAUCACCCUGGUGGGGAAUUCCAUGAUAUUCACCCUCAUCCAGCUGGAUUCCCAUCUUCACAGCCCCAUGUACUUUUUACUCAGCCACUUAUCCUGCUUGGAUAUUUGCUUCUCGUCAGUCACAGUCCCCAAGAUCCUAGUGAAUUUCCUGCGUGAGCAGGAGACCAUCUCCUACUGGGAGUGCAUGGCCCAGAUGUUCUUCCUGAUGUCAUGCGCGGGAGCCGAGUGUGCACUCCUUGCCGUCAUGGCCUAUGACCGGUAUGCAGCCAUCUGCAACCCCCUGCGCUACACUGACAUCAUGAGUCGGAGGGUGUGCAUCCCACUCGCCAUGGGGUCCUGGCUCUGGGGUCUCCUGGACUCAGCCAUACACACCUUCAUGGCCUCCAGCUUAUCCUUCUGUGGUGCCAACCAGCUUCACCACAUCUUCUGUGAUGUCCCUCCCCUGCUGAAGAUCGCCUGCAGUGACACCUAUGUCAAUGAGGUCACACUCCAUCUGGCCAGUAUCUUCAUGGGCCUGAGCCCGUUUCUGCUCAUCGUCGUCUCCUACCUCUACAUCCUGGCAGCCAUCCUCAGAAUCCGCUCCAACACAGGAAGGCACAAGGCCUUCUCCACCUGCGCCUCACACCUGAUCGUGGUCACCAUAUACUUCGGGAUGGCCAACCUCAACUACAAUCGCCCCAGCGCAGGCUACUCCGUGGGGGUGGACACCCUGGUCUCUACACUGUACUGCAUUGUCACCCCCAUGCUGAACCCCCUCAUCUACAGCCUGCGCAACCAGGAAGUGAAGGGGGCCCUGAGGAAGGCUCUGGGGAGCCAGAGGAGGGAAUAUGCUUCCCCAGGCAGGCAGUGAGGUCCAGGCUGAUGUAAGAGCUGGGGGGUGACUCCUGCUCUGCUCUGACUGUAAUGGCUCCUCACACU